AUGUCUUUGAGAAAUAGUCUUGGUAGCCAUGGCAACACCACUCAGCUGAAGAAUAUGUUAAAGAAUAAAAUAAUGGAAUUGGUCUGUCAAGAUGUUCUUAUUGUUCAACAGUUUAAAUUUUUGUUAAUCAAUGUUUUUGGCAUACACAACAGCUUUAUUAUUCUAGGAGUGUCGACAAUUAUGGAGGUACCUUUGCCUAGAUCAAACAUUGGACCCUGUCUCAAGUGA